CCAAUAGGUUUCUGCAGAUGGAAACAAUUUGUUUGGAUACAAAGCGAUAUUAUAUUCGUCUGGGCUCUGAUAUUCGCUGUUAUUGUUUAUAAAAUCGAAAAUUUUAAAAAUAUUAAAUAAAAAACAAAUUUUAUAACAUCGAAAAAUGAGAUGUGCUGUUCGAAAUUGUGGGAGUGACAACGGAGGCAAAACAUCGGAUUGCAGUUUUUUCACAUUCCCAACUGAUGAGGCGCUCGCUCAAAAGUGGACACAAUUUUGUCGACAAAGUAAGGAUAUCAACAUAACGACUUCCUAUAUCUGUAUGUACCACUUUAUAAGGGAAGACUUUGAAAACGGCCUAAAGUAUGAAAUGGGUUUCAGCAAGAAACUAUAUCUAAAACGAGACGCUGUGCCAACUAUUUAUGACCGAAAUUUACAUACCCCAAAACGUCAACGACUUGAGCAACGAGCACAUACAAACAUAGUAAAGGAAGAAGAACUACUUCAGGAGCAGGAUGAACUAAGCAUAACGUCUCAGGAUACCACUCCGUACGAAGAUGGAUCAUCGUUAGAGGGUACAGUAAUGUAUGAAUAUGAAACGCUGUUCGAAAACCCAGCAGUACUUGGAGGCACAGAUCCAUUCCAAGAGGUGAUGAUUAAUGUGGAACCAGCGAACUGCUUGAAAACAGAAUUAGAAAACCUACAUCGAGAAAACUUAAAACUGCGUGAGGAAAAUCGCAAAUAUCGCCGAUUAUUUACCGCACUGGAACGUGAUUAUAAAAAACAGGCAGAAGAGUAUACAACCAAUUUAAAAGUCCUAGAAGAUAGAGCAUUGAAAGCGGAAAAUCAGUGCAAAAAUAUGGAAAGUAGACUGAAAAAGAUACUGAAAAAGCCAGAUUGACAAGCUUAAAUACGGCCCCCAUAUCUACAUAUAUUAUAUAAGUAUAGGGUUAUUCAAUAGGUGCGCUUCAACUUUUUUCCGAUAGAGAGGGCGAACGACGCAAAAUUUUUAUUUUUCGCUUGUCAUUUGCAAACUUCAUUAGUAUACAUUUCAUCAUGGAACGCUAUACACUUGAGCAACGAUUGCAAAUUGUGCAAAUUUUUUAUGAAAAUAAUCGUUCUGUUGCUGCUACUUUAAGAGCAUUACGGCCAUUUUACGGUCCAUUCAACAAGCCGUCCCGUUUUGGGGUUAUGUGAAGUCAUUGGUCUACAGUAACAAGCCGGCGACGAUUUGUGAGCUCAGAGCCAAUAUUGAACGCAAAAUUGCUAGAAUUUCGGCCGAUUUAUGCAAAAGAGUGAUCGAAAAUUAGGUUCAACGAUUGGACUUCGUAAAACGUUCACGCGGUGGUCAUGCAAAAGAAAUCGAAUUUCAUACUUAAAUGUAUAUGUUCAAACUCGAUAAUAAAAAAAAAAAUAGUUAAAAAAGUCAAACCGUUUGUGUUGUAUUCAAAAAAGUUCAAAAGUUGAAGCGUUCUUACUGAAAAGCCCUAUAUAUACAUAUUUACAAAAUUUGCAAAAUGCUGCGUUGUAAAGAUUAGCUACUCCACAUGGUAUACGUCCCAUGAAGGAGGGUGUACUUUAUAAAAACUGUAAUGUUUGACUUAACAAAUAAACAUUUUAACAUUCAA